UAAUAAUGACGUUGACGUAACUUGUCCUUUUGCCGGAUAAUAAAUUCAAAAAUGGAAGAACAUCAUCAAAUGAGGAUAUUAUCCGCUGUGUUACUUGCUUUAUUAACAUUUUCACUUGUGUCUGCUGGCAGUCAGCCUUUUUACAUGGUUGGAGAGGAUGGGGGGUGUUCUUUGUCUAAUCUAACAGCUGUAGAAGCCCCGGCAAUCAACGUCCUUCCGUACGACAAAACUUUCCCCACCAAAGCAACAAGUUGUUCAUUCUACUGGAAUUCAGCACCAGAUUCUUUCAUAUCUGUACGAAUAAAUCUUGAGCAGAAUACCUCAUAUGCUGCCUCCUGUGGUGAAGUAUUUAAAACCAAGACAGAACAAAAUGGAUUGAUAACUCAAUAUUGCGGAAUCAACGGAAGCAGUGAAAUAUUUGUGGCGAAGUCGAGUGAAUUUUAUUUGACAUACGACAUAGCGGCAGGCACUCAAUACAGCGGCUGGAAAUUCUCUUUACUCAUCACGCCAUACAUCAUGAAUGACGACGCCGAGUUGUGUCGAUCACCUCCCUAUACCUUCCGCUGUUUAGCUGGCGAAUGUAUUCAUCAUUCUCUUCAAUGUGAUGGAGCUAGAAACUGUUGGUUAGUUUUUGAUGAAAGGGACCAAAAUUGCCCUCUAGUUAAUACUACCACCAGCACUACCACCACCACGGUGCCCCCUGCCACCACCAAGUCAGUCACCACAACCGAAACUGUCACCACCACCGAGUCAGUCACCACCACCAAAUCCGCCACCACUACUGAGUCCCCCGCCACCACCAAAUCCGCCACCACUACUGAGUCCCCCGCCACCACCAAAUCUGCCACCACUACUGAAUCCCCCGCCACCACCAAAUCCGCCACUACCACCGAAUCGCCUCCCAAAACAACCAUCACCAUUAACUCCGCCAAUUCGCCUGUCAAAAUGUUAUUCGCAAAAACGGAGGUGCUAACUAUGUGGGAAGAAUUUGGUACAAUAGUGGGUAUAACAGCUGGUCCUAUUGUAGUCUCUAUGUGCAUCAUCGCAUGUAUUGUGUGUGGAUGUAGAAGAAGGAAUGCUGGCCGUAAGAAGCCCAGUGUAAGAGAUGCCCAAACCUCAACAGAGGACAUUCAGAACGUGUAUCAAUGCUCAAGUCGUGGGAACAAUGUUUAGGAUAAACGAUGUUUUAUUUUCAUAAAUAUCAUAUCUUUCAUUAUUUUCAUGACAUACUUUGAUUUCUUUUGUACGUGAUAUACACAUGGAUAUGUAUUGGAUAUCAAGAUAAAGCUAAUUAGGAGGCGUGCUUGUUUAAAGUAUUAGGCGUGUUUCGUGUUCCUCAGUCUGGUGUUCAAUGAGUGUAUGAAAGUAGAAGUAAACCACAUAUAUUCAGAUUUGUUCUUCGUUGUGUUUGAUUGAUAGAUUGAUCACUGUAUGUUAUCUUUACCUUUCAUUGUCGAGGAAGUUUCUGUCGAGGGGAACAAUAAACUUGAUAUUGUCCGAAUAGUCAGUAAAUAGGUGUUUUAUUAUACCGAAGUAGAUUUUAUCUAUGUCAGACAUACCAAAGUGAAGUAAACUAACAUUCAGCAUUAGCCUACAUGGAAUCGACCGACGGGAUCCGAGUGGUAAACUAAUUAGAGUUAUCAGACUAUGACGUCACAGAAAAGAAAACGCGGGAAAAUAUAGCAUCCGGUAAAUAGUUUCGAGACUAUUUCCCUAGGGUGAGAUAGUUCAGAAACUAUUUCACGGCUAGCGUUAUCCAGAAGAAAUAGCAAAUUUAUUCACCUAACAUUUAUAUAGCAAAAACAUUCUGAGGUAUAAUAAAUAAAUAUAUAUAUAUUGCCUAUAUGGUCGAGCGGUCUAGUGCG